AUGGAAGAACAGUUAAUUGUCCUCUCUAUUAAUAAAUUAUAUGGAGCACGUAAAGUAGAACUUAAACUUCAAUUGGAAAAAUUUAAAAAGAAAAGAGAGGAGUUAGAUUUCUUUCAUGCACAAUUGAAAGAAAUGCUUAAACAAAUUAAUAAAUUAGGUUUAGUUGAUGAGUUUAACCAAAACCAGUAUUACCAAUCAAUGAAUCUUAAAUGCAAUAAAUCAUUACAACAUGUAAAAGAAAUGAUAAAUAAAGUUAAUAAAUUAAUAAAUGAAAUCUAUCAUGAAUUAAAUACAAUGGCCAUUUAUAUGUAUUCAUUUAGGAAUCGUGAUUCGUUUUAUGUUGGAAUUCAACAACCUACAGUUUCAAUACUUAAUUUUACUAAAGGUGGUGGUAUUUUAUCAACUAAUAAUGUUUUAUUAACUAACAACGAUUUACCUGAUGUUGAAACAUUUACUAAUUUAAUAUCUGAUAAAGAUUUUAUACGAGAAUUCAUUCCUAUGACUCAUAACAAUCAUUUUUCACCAGCAUUUUCAUGUGUUACAAGAUAUCAUAAUGAUAGUUAUAUCACUGGAGAUAUCAACAAUCAUUCAAUUAAAUUGAUUAGGCUAAGGAAAGAUGGAAAAGAAUCUGAAGAUUUUUCUGUUAAAGUAGAAUAUCCAACAAGUAUUGUAGAAUACAAGAAUAGUUCAAUAAUUUAUAUCACUGAUAAACAACUUCAUUGUGUACAUGUUUUUAAUAUGAUAGAAGGUAGAGGUAAAACAUUUGGUGGAUACGGAAAUGAACCAGGUAAAUUUAAUGAGCCAAUGUGUGUUGCAAUUGAUUCUUCAGAUAGAGUUUAUGUUGCUGAUGCUAUGAAUAGCAGAAUACAAAUAUUCACACUUGAUGGAACAUACUUAUCUACGUUAAGUAUAGUUAAUCAAAGAAAACCAUUUUAUCCUCAUUGCAUUCUAUUUGAUGAAAAUGAACUAAUUGUAAUAGAUAAUUGGGGAAGUUCUAUUUUUACAAUUGACCCAAAACAAAAAAAGGUAACUUCUAUUAUUUCUAGAUAUGGCGGAGCAAAAGGGCUUGUUAAUAGACCAACUUUUGGCUGUAUUGAUGAGCAUGGGAGGUUAUUUGUUAGUGACAGUGGAAAUAAUAGAAUCGUUUGUUUUCAAAAAACAACUUUUAUUGGUUCUAUUGAAAUGAGUGAAUUAGGGCUAGUUGGUGCACCAUUAGGAAUCAGUGCCAACUGUAAUAAAAUUACUUUUUCUACAACAACAAAUGAACCUUAUUUAAAUUCAGUGAUGGCUUGGGACCGAUAUCAGAUGAAACUCUAA